GCGGCCAUGGCGCUGAGGAAGUACCUGCUGAAGUGCCUGCACCGACUGCAGAAGGGCCCGGGCUACUCCUACAAGGAGCUGCUAGUGUGGUACUGCGACAACACCAACACCCACGGCCCCAAGCGCAUCAUCCGUGAGGGCCCCAAGAAAAAGGCCAUGUGGUUCGUGAUCACGCUGCUCUUCGCCGCCCUUGUGUGCUGGCAAUGGGGCAUCUUCAUUCGGACCUAUCUGAGCUGGGAGGUCAGCGUUUCCCUCUCCGUGGGCUUCAGGACCAUGGACUUCCCCGCUGUCACCAUCUGCAACGCCAGCCCCUUCCAGUAUUCCAAAGUGAAGCAUCUGCUCAAAGACCUGGACGAGUUGAUGGAGGCAGCCCUAGAGCGGAUCCUGGCCCCCGAAACCAGCCAUGCCAACGCCACUUCAGCCCUGAACCUCACCAUUUGGAACUACAUGCCCCUGGUCCUGAUCGAUGAGCGGAACCCCCGGCACCCCGUGGUCCUCGAGCUCUUUGGGGACAACCUCAAUAGCUCAGUCAACAACAGCUCAGCCCCUGGGAAGUUCUGCAGUGCCCGGGUGUGCAAAGUGGCCAUGAGAUUGUGCAGCCGCAAUGGCAGUGAAUGCACCUUCCGCAACUUCACCAGCGCCACGCAGGCGGUGACCGAGUGGUACGCACUGCAGGCCACUGCCAUCUUCGCCCAAGUGGCCCUGCAGGAGCGUGUGCGCAUGGGGUACCCAGCCGAGCGCCUCAUCCUGUCCUGCCUGUUUGGGGUAGAACCCUGCAACUACCGGAACUUCUCGACCAUCUUCCACCCUGACUACGGGAACUGCUACAUCUUUAACUGGGGCAUGAUUGAGAAAGCGCUGCCAUCCGCCAACCCUGGAGCAGAGUUUGGCCUGAAGCUGAUCCUGGACAUCGGGCAGGAGGACUACGUGCCCUACCUGACGUCCACGGCGGGGGUGCGGCUGCUGCUGCAUCAGCAGAGGUCCUACCCCUUCAUCAGGGAUGAGGGCAUCUAUGCCAUGGCAGGCACCGAGACCUCCAUUGGGGUGCUUGUGGACAAGCUGGAGCGCAUGGGGGUCCCCUACAGCCAGUGCACGGUUAACGGCUCAGAUGUGCCUGUGCGCAAUCUCUACAAUGAAUACAACACCAGCUACUCCAUCCAGGCCUGCAUCCGCUCAUGCUUCCAGGAACACAUGAUCCAGAACUGCAGUUGUGGCCACUACCUGUACCCACUGCCCCCCGGGGAGAGAUACUGCAGCACCCGAGACUUCCCCGACUGGGCCUACUGCUAUUCUGCCCUGCGCAUGAGUGUGGCCCAGAGGGAGACCUGCAUCAACCUGUGCAAGGAGUCCUGCAAUGACACGCAAUACAAGAUGACCAUCUCCAUGGCGGACUGGCCAUCAGAAUCCUCUGAGGACUGGAUAUUCCAUGUCUUGUCUCAGGAACGGGACCAAAGUGCCAACAUCACCCUGAGCAGGAAGGGAAUCGUCAAGCUUAACAUCUACUUCCAAGAGUUCAACUACCGAACUAUCGAGGAGUCUGCAGCCAAUAACAUCGUCUGGCUGCUCUCCAAUCUGGGAGGCCAGUUUGGCUUCUGGAUGGGGGGCUCAGUGCUGUGCCUGAUCGAGUUCGGGGAGAUCAUCAUCGACUUUCUGUGGAUCACAAUCAUCAAGCUGGUGGCCUGUGCCCGGGGCCUGCGGCAGAGGCGCACCCAGGCCCGCUACGCUGGCCCGCCGCCCACUGUGGCCGAGCUGGUGGAGGCCCACACCAACUUUGGCUUCCAGCCGGACCCCAGCAUCUACCCCGAUGAGCAGCCCCCACCCAUCCCGGGCACCCCGCCCCCCAACUAUGACUCCCUGAGGCUGCAGCCCCUAGAUGUCAUCGAGUCUGAUGGGGAGGGCGAGGCUGUCUAG